CAAAUUCCCCAAGAUUCCCAUUUCAUCUGAAUAUUUUCCUCAAACCCUAUUUCUCCAAUUUCAACAUAUAUCAAUUCUUGAAAAUAAAAUAAAAUAAAGAGCAAAAACAAGGCUCACAAAUGGCAGCUACAAUGGCUACCUCAAUAGCCAAAUGCUUCAACCCUAACACAAAAUGCAACCACCCCUCCAAGCCCACCAAACAAGUCCCCCUCCUCCUCUCCAUGCAAACCCUACCAAAAGCCCUCACCACCACGUCCCUCGCUGGAACUGCCUUUGCCGGGGCGGUUUUCUCGGCCCUCUCCACCGCCAACCCGGCCCUCGCUGCCCAACAGCUGGCGGAAAUAGCCGAAGGCGACAACCGUGGGAUAGCCCUUUUGCUCCCCUUAGUCCCUGCAGUGCUGUGGGUGCUGUACAACAUAUUUCAGCCAGCCCUUAACCAGAUCAACCGAAUGAGGAGCACUAAAGGGGUGAUCGUGGGGCUCGGGCUAGGCGGGCUGGCUGCAUCUGGAUUCCUCCACCCGGCAGAGGCGUCUGCCAGAGAAAUUGCCGCCCUGGCGGAGGUGCCGGCCGACAACAGAGGGCAGCUUUUGCUGUUCGUUGUUGCACCAGCUAUUGUUUGGGUGCUGUACAACAUUUUGCAACCUGCUUUGAACCAGAUUAACAGGAUGAGAUCAGAUUGAGGAAAAAAAGAAAAAAAACA